GGGUUCUGCUGGGGGACGCAGCCCAGCUGGCAGCGUCGCUCCCUGAGCGCUCCUGAGGUGGCCGCUGGGCCUUGUCUUUCGGCAGUGGUCGAGCCGCCACCGCCGCCCGUUCCAGAACUGAGCGCUGCAGCCGCAGUCCCGAUCGCCUUGUUUGGUCGACAGGAUCCCCGGAGUGCCCAGAGAGUGCGACCGCUCGCCCUGCCCGGCGAGCCCCGGGCGUGAAUCGAGCUGAGGGAGGAUGGCAGCCUCUGGGGUGGAGAAGAGCAGCAAGAAGAAGACCGAGAAGAAACUUGCUGCUCGGGAAGAAGCUAAAUUGUUGGCGGGUUUCAUGGGCGUCAUGAAUAACAUGCGGAAACAGUAAUUUAAAUCUACCACCCAGCUAUAGUUGAAUCUACAAUCUGCUCAGGGAUUUAUACCCAAUGCCAAUUUGAUAUCAUGCUGGGAGGGAGUGAUUUCAGAACCUUGCUGACAAGCCACAUAAAUCUAAAAAAAACACUGUGUGAUGUGAUCCUCAUGGUCCAGGAAAGAAAGAUACCUGCUCAUCGUGUUGUUCUUGCUGCAGCCAGUCAUUUUUUUAACUUAAUGUUCACAACUAACAUGCUUGAAUCAAAGUCUUUUGAAGUAGAACUCAAAGAUGCUGAACCUGAUAUUAUUGAACAACUUGUGGAAUUUGCUUAUACUGCUAGAAUUUCCGUGAAUAGCAACAAUGUUCAGUCUUUGUUGGAUGCAGCAAACCAAUAUCAGAUUGAACCUGUGAAGAAAAUGUGUGUUGAUUUUUUGAAAGAACAAGUUGAUGCUUCAAACUGUCUUGGUAUAAGUGUGCUAGCGGAGUGUCUAGAUUGUCCUGAAUUGAAAGCAACUGCCGAUGACUUUAUUCAUCAGCAUUUUACUGAAGUUUACAAAACUGAUGAAUUUCUUCAACUUGAUGUCAAGCGAGUAACACAUCUUCUCAACCAGGACACUCUGACUGUGAGAGCAGAGGAUCAGGUUUAUGAUGCUGCAGUCAGGUGGUUGAAAUACGAUGAACCUAAUCGCCAGCCAUUUAUGGUUGAUAUCCUUGCUAAAGUCAGGUUUCCUCUUAUAUCAAAGAAUUUCUUAAGUAAAACAGUACAAGCUGAACCACUUAUUCAAGACAAUCCUGAAUGCCUCAAGAUGGUGAUAAGUGGAAUGAGGUACCAUCUACUGUCUCCAGAGGACCGAGAAGAACUUGUAGAUGGCACAAGACCUAGAAGAAAGAAACAUGACUACCGCAUAGCGCUGUUUGGAGGCUCUCAACCACAGUCUUGUAGAUAUUUUAACCCAAAGGAUUACAGCUGGACAGACAUCCGCUGCCCCUUUGAAAAACGAAGAGAUGCAGCAUGCGUGUUUUGGGACAACGUAGUAUACAUUUUGGGAGGCUCUCAGCUUUUCCCGAUAAAGCGAAUGGACUGUUACAAUGUAGUGAAGGAUAGCUGGUAUUCCAAACUGGGCCCUCCGACACCUCGAGACAGCCUUGCCGCCUGUGCCGCAGAAGGCAAAAUUUAUACAUCUGGAGGUUCAGAAGUAGGAAACUCAGCUCUUUAUUUAUUUGAGUGCUAUGAUACAAGAACUGAAAGCUGGCACACAAAGCCCAGCAUGCUGACCCAGCGCUGCAGCCAUGGGAUGGUGGAAGCCAAUGGCCUGAUCUAUGUUUGUGGUGGAAGUUUAGGAAACAAUGUUUCUGGGAGAGUGCUUAAUUCCUGUGAAGUUUAUGAUCCUGCCACAGAAACAUGGACUGAGCUGUGUCCAAUGAUUGAAGCCAGGAAGAAUCAUGGGCUGGUAUUUGUAAAAGACAAGAUAUUUGCUGUGGGUGGUCAGAAUGGUUUAGGUGGUCUGGACAAUGUGGAAUAUUACGAUAUUAAGUUGAACGAAUGGAAGAUGGUCUCACCAAUGCCAUGGAAGGGUGUAACAGUGAAGUGUGCAGCAGUUGGCUCUAUAGUUUAUGUCUUGGCUGGUUUUCAGGGUGUUGGUCGAUUAGGACACAUUCUUGAAUAUAAUACUGAAACAGACAAAUGGAUUGCCAACUCCAAAGUUCGUGCUUUUCCAGUCACAAGUUGUUUAAUUUGUGUUGUUGAUACUUGUGGAGCAAAUGAAGAGACUCUUGAAACAUGAAAAAUGAGUGAACUUCAGACUCAUCAGAGACUCAGAAAUCAGCCACCAGUGCUUUGUUCCAAGGGUUUGGUGACAAAGUUUUGGUCUGGUGUUUUGGUAAAGAAAGUUUCAAGUGAAAUGAGGUCCCUAUAAAAUAGAUGUUUGUUUUAUAUGGAUUUCCUUACUUAAUUCAAAGAUCAUAUUUUAGCUGGCCACAAAACCAAGAACAUAUUUAGCAAGAAAAGUUGAAAAAUUAUAAGCAUUUGUUGAAAAUUCGAAUUUCUUGAAUGAAUUUCACAUUUGUAACUAUGAUUUUGGCAGAUGAGAGAUUGGCUCAUCAGUGAAGCAGCAGCAUCUUAGCUCUAGAUUCUAUUUUCAUGCAUCACAGAAGUGCUAUGUGGUUAGAUCUGUUUGUACUCAGUCAAGAACUAAGAAAUAGUAUGAAUUGUAAGUCAAGAUGGGCAACUCAGAUGGAGCAGCUUAGUCUCACAGAGUUUGCUUGUCUUUAUUUUAUUUAGUGCCAAAUGUAUUCCAUUUUAAAAGUAAGCCACAGUGAAUCAAGGCAUAUACACACUUACUCACAAAAUUUCCUAAACAGAUUUGGAAUGUGUUCAACUUCUCAUGAAAUGUAUUCAAUCUACUUUAAUACAUUCCAUCUUUUUAACCUAAAAUUUAAAGCUUAGCACCCAUCAUUAAUUUAUGUCACUGUUUUAUUCAGUGGUUAAAAAAAGGAUUCUGCCUCUUUAGUCCUCACUGUUAAAUAAAAUCCAAUCAUAAUAAGUGAUUAACUAGCAAAAGGUACAGCUAUUUAUAGCAAAUUUCUAGAUCAUUAGAGAAGCACUGGUAGUUGAACCACAAUAUCAGUAUUGACUUUUAACUUCUUUAAAGAGAUCAUGAAUUCUUUUCCCUUAGCAAGAACGUGAGUUACUUAACCUAGUUGUCUCUAAAAGUUUUGUAAUCAUGAGUUAAAUGCUAUCUCCUAGUCAUUGCUUUUAUGUGAUCAAUAAAUCUUUUGCAAACCUAACUACUUAUUUCUUUCAUAGUAAUACUUUGCCUUUUUCGCUGUGUAUGGAAUGAGCCAUGUAAAGCUGUCACCAUAAAUGUUUUUAUCUGAUAAUAUUAAAUAUUUUUUAACUUAAAA